CCUUGUCUCUCUUCUUCACUUGCUUUUCUAACUGGCUGAGGACAAGCAUGGCGAAUAAAGAUCCCGGAGGUUUUCUGCAGCAGCUGCGGCAGAUAGCCGGCAGGAUGUCAUCAGGACCCCGAGGUGCAGGUCUUGGUCUCAAACUGCUGAUUGGUGCUGGAGCUUUGGCCUAUGGAGUAAAGGAGGCUACAUACACAGUGGAAGGAGGACAGAGAGCAAUCAUUUUCAACAGGAUCGGAGGGAUGCAGAUGGACACAGUGCUCUCUGAGGGGCUCCACUUCAGGAUGCCCUGGUUCCAGUAUCCCAUCAUCUACGACAUCCGAGCCAGACCCCGAAAAAUCUCCUCACUCACUGGAAGCAAGGACCUUCAGAUGGUGAGCCUGACGCUGCGAGUCCUCUCCCGGCCCCUGGCGUCCAACCUGCCCACCCUGUACCAGCAGCUGGGGCAGGACUACGACGAGCGUGUGCUGCCCUCUAUCGUCAACGAGGUGCUGAAGAGCGUGGUGGCGAAGUUCAACGCCUCGCAGCUCAUCACGCAGAGAGCACAGGUUUCUCUGCUCAUCCGCAGGGAGCUGUUCGAGCGAGCCAAAGACUUCAACAUCAUCCUGGACGACGUGGCCAUCACAGAGCUCAGCUUCAGCCGAGAGUACACGGCCGCCGUGGAGGCCAAGCAAGUUGCCCAGCAGGAGGCGCAACGAGCCCAGUUUUAUGUGGAGAAAGCCAAACAGGAUCAGAGACAGAAGAUCAUCCAGGCCGAAGGAGAAGCCCAGGCUGCGAAAAUGCUGGGCGAGGCCGUGACGAAGAAUCCAGGCUACCUGAAACUCAGGAAGAUCCGAGCAGCUCAGAACAUCGCCAAGACUGUGGCGCAGUCCCAAAACAAAGUUUACCUGAGUGCUGACAGCCUGGUGCUCAACCUGCAGGACAGUAACAGCUUCAACCUGUCGCUCUCGAAGUAAGAAGUCCUCCUUCCUUCCAGUUUGUCAUUCCUUCUGCAGAAAGAAACCCUCCCUCGAUCUUCACCCAGCUCAUUCAUUUUCUUUUUUUUUUUUUUUUUUUUUUUUUCAACUUCCGACCGGUUUCACGUGUGAAUCGGUCGCGUCGACGGUCCGCCAGACCUGACUUCAGUCCGCUCGGUUCAAGCCGAGCUGAUUGGCGAGCGAUCGUUAAGAUAUGAAAAGUCUGAAUAUGAAAUGUAUCCGUCAUCUGCGGAGACGUCCGCAGCGUUUUUCUUCGGCUCCCAUUUGAAACUGUGCUGAUGAAGUGUAGGCCUCGUCUGAUAUGACUUCCACCCCAGAAGUCAGAAGAAUAUUAAAUUUAAUUAUUUCAUGAAUCUGGUGGCAGUUUAACGUCCUCUCAACCUUCACCUCUGAGCCAACACUAAAGGUCAAACUCAGACACAACGUUUUAGCGCCUGAUGUGAGAUUAGACAGUCCAGACCUGCUCCGCCUGAUGAUUUCACCCGAGAGACAACCGUCUUUGUCAAUAAAUUCAGAAUUCCACAGAAUUCAGGACACAGCGGUAACUGAAACGUUUCCCUUCAUCUCCAAACAUCUACAGAGCUCAUAUUGCUAACAUGAACCCUGUUAACUAUUAGCUUCUCAAUCAAAUAAAAAGUUUCUUGGAGCUGCCAGUUGAUGUGACAAUAUUUGAUUUCUUUUUUUUUUUUGUGUGUUCACAUGUAUUAAACUCAACAUCAAACUUAACAAAUACAUUACAGAUGUUAAUUUGUGACUCUUAUUUUACGGAGCAUGUCACUGUUUGUUGCUCUCUGGACAAGAAUGUGAUUUAAAUAAACAUGGUCAUGAUUACAACAUA